AUGGUAGAAUUAGAUGCUAAAACAAUUGAAAUUGUAAAAUCUACAAUCCCAGCAUUGGCAGGCACUGGAAGCAAGUUGACCCAGCACUUCUAUGCCAGAAUGCUUGGAAACAACCCAGAGCUAAAGAAUGUGUUCAAUGAAGCCAACCAAAGAAGCAACGCCCAGAGUGAAGCCCUCUUUGGUGCGGUCUGCGCCUAUGCCCAGAACAUCGAUAAUCUCGCUCCUCUUUUGCCAGCCGUCGAAAAGAUCGCCCAAAAGCACUGCUCCUUGAACAUCAAGCCAGAGCAAUACAGUAUCGUCGGUGAGAAUCUCUUGGCCACUAUCGAUGAGCUGUUAGCUCCACCAAAGGAAGUGAUCGACGCCUGGGCUGCUGCCUACGGAGUUCUCGCCGAUAUCUUUAUCCAACGUGAGAAGGAAAUCUACGAUCAGAGCGCCUCUGUAGAGGGUGGUUGGCGUGGACUUCGUGAGUUCAAGAUCACCGAGAUCGUUCCACAGUCCAACGUUAUCUCCAGUUUCAAAUUGGAGCCAGUCGAUGCCAAACCAGUUGCCAAGUACGAACCAGGUCAAUACUUGAGUAUCCACAUCGAACAUCCAUCACUAAAGAACCAAUGUAUCCGUCAGUACUCACUAACCACCGAGCCAAACGGUCAAUACUACAGAAUUGCAGUCAAGAGAGAAGAGCUUGGAAGUGUUUCAUCAUUGUUGCACAAUACCUUCAAGGUUGGAGAUACCAUCAAUGUCUAUCCACCACACGGUGACUUCUUCUUCAAUUCCACCAAGGAUCUCGACACCAAUACUCCUGUUACUUUAAUCUCUGGUGGUGUCGGUCAGACCCCAAUGCUCUCGAUGCUCCAUGGCCUCAAAGAGAACGGACACCAAGGAAAGGUAACCUGGUUGCACUCUGCACGUGACGCACAAUCACUUGCCUUUGAAAAAGAAGUUGUCGAAACAGGAAGCACUCUUCCAGGAUUCUCAAGCCAUACUUUCUUGACCAAGCCAUCGCCAAGCAGCGGUUGUCCAUUUGCCACCAAAAUUCACGAAGGAAUUAUGGAUAUUCAAAAGGUUUUGGCCAACCAGUUGAAAGACACAAACGUUCAUUACUAUUUCUGCGGACCAGUUCCAUUCAUGCAAGCAGUCGCAAAGCAACUCACUGAAAAUGGUGUAGCAGUCUCCAAUAUCCAUUAUGAAGUAUUUGGUCCACACCGUGUAAUUUAA